UCGCCGCCUCAUUGCGAGCGCGACUCUUGCCUUACGUAGGCGGCACGACUGUCGCCUCAGUCCGAACGCGACGUACGUAUAUUCGCGCACUUUGCCUCAAAAAAAUAUGAGUGCAUAAAUUAAAAAAAAAAAAACAAAAUGGGUGAGCAAACGUUUACAAUUCAGGACGAUAAUCUGGAACAGCAUAUAGUGACGUUGUUUGAAAAGUUGGAGUGUUUACGUAGAGAUGCAAAUUCGAAUGACGCUGGACUGCCGGGUAGGGUUCCUGCUAGACUGGAGGUGCGGACUCUGUCGUUGUGGAAGGCUGUGGUUGCAGAGUGUGUGGCUUCGUUUAUUUACGUGUUCAUAGUGUGCGGCGCGGCGAGCGGAGCGGGCGUCGGCGCGUCCGCUUCAGCGGUGUUACUCGCUACCGCUCUCGCUUCCGGCUGUGCCAUAGCCACGUUGACAUUGUGCUUCGUUAAUAUUUCUGGUGCUCACGUGAAUCCUGCUGUCUCGGUGGCACUGUGCGUGCGACGUCGAGUGUCACCACUUCGAACUGCUCUGUACGUCGCUGCUCAGUGUGGUGGAGCCAUUGCUGGUGCUGCGGCUAUAUACGGUGUUAGCGUGCCAGGGUAUGCAGGAAGCCUGUCCGCGUCUCUGCCUGGUGGUGGUGCUGCGGCCUGGGAGCGUCUAGGAGCCGAGCUGGUGCUGUCAGCUCUGAUUGCUGCUGCCUACUUCGCAGCCAUGGAGAGGAGGUGGACAGGCGCUGCUCCCGCACUUCUUGGCAUUGCCUAUUGUGCGGCCAGCUUCGUUUCCAUGCCCUCACUGAAUCCGGCGAGGUCACUGGGUCCUUCCUUUGUCCUGUCCCGGUGGGAGAGCCACUGGGUGUGCUGGGUUGGUGGUAUAGGCGGAGGUAUCGCCUGCGCCCUACUUCACGAGUGGGGCUCACGGCGUCCCGGAGCAAAUUCAAACUCACGCGCGUCCUCGCCGCGUGAUCUGGAUGAAUUGGACAAACCGGCCUUCCCAUCGUCACAUCAUUAUCGACAUGCGCCUACCUACUGCUCAGCCUCUGCACCACGACCUGACAACGCUGAGCCUCUGUACUCUGGCACUAAGUCACUUUACUGCCGGUCACCGCCGCCUGCGCGACACACGCUGCACAGGUCAGCUGAAGGAUCGUCUUUAUACAUGUCACAAUCAGUGUACAGCAAGAGCAGUGGCGCGGUGGGCGGUGGACCGCUGGUAGCGGCGCAAUCGCUGCUGCUGCGGCCGCCACAGCACGCGCACCCUCAUGCACAUGCUCACCCACACACACAGCACGCCAUGACGCACAAUCAGAACACGCACAACGCACAACGUGAACCCGCCUACGGCACCGCUGUGAAUGGAGUCAGGCCUGGACCGGCUGGUGCAGCAGUAACAGAGCGUCGCGAGUCCGUGUACAGCGCGAGCGUGAGCGCCAGCUCGGGCUCAGCGGCAGCACGGCGCGGACCUCUGCCCUCCGAUGACAGUGCGUACGGCAGCGGUACCUACGCCCGCGCCCCCUACCGCGCCACCCCAGACCACUACUAGCGACGACCUUCGCAGCACAAUAUUGCGCUGCUCUUUGAUGUAUAAACUCUUCUAGUUUCUUUCAAGUUCAAGGCACAGAAUUCGACGCGCACCGUCCUUGUGAAUUUGGGUAAUGAUGAUGACGAGCUAAAUUCGGGGAACGAUCAGUGUUUGAAAGGAAAUAAAAAAUGAACUCAACAUAUAUACAGUGCUUUCCUAACAUCGAAAAAUGUA